GAGGAGGAAGAGGAGGAGGAGGGGGAGGAGGAGGAGGAGGAGGCGGCGGUCUACAUGACCCAGCGAGCAGGCCGACUCCCGUCCAAGUCGCGUGUGUGCGCCUGCCUGUUCCGUUUGCCCCGGGCAGCCGUCUGGUACGUCGGGAGUUGCGUUAGUGUUGGCCGCCGCGCCAGCCACAGACCCACCUCGGGCUCGGCGAGAUCACAGUUCACACGCGGGCCAGGCCUCAGAGGCCGAGACGACCGACGUGUCAGUGCGUCCGCGCGGCUAGACCACCGAGUGGACUGGGCCUCGGGGUGCGCUGCACCCAGGCCGGAGACGACGGACGCACGGACGCGCGGACGCGCCGUCCGAUGCAUCCUCCCGACACACCGACAGACACCGGCAUUCCUCGACGGUGCAUGUACGCCGGAGCCGCCCCUUGCGUCUGAUCCCAAUUCACGCACACACACACACACACACACACACGUUACGCUCUACGUCCAGACGAGCCUAUCAAGUGCCAGUCCAGCACAGACCACUUGGGUGUCUGUGUGCUGGGGUGAACGACAGUCACAUCGUGAGGUAGGACUGGGUGGGGUCACCUCUCAAGAGGGUUCAGGCCAAGACUGGGAACAGAGCGAGUCGAGAGAACGUGUGACACGAGUGGGUCCGAGGUUGGCGCUGUUGUGUCCGCCCUCCGGCGUCAAGUGUCUGUGCUGCCGAUCCUCUGGCCCCUUGUGGGUCUAUCGGUGGGGAGGGGGCAGCUCUGAUUCCACUGCGACUAACCCACCAUCAGAGGGCAUGAGUCAGCCUUGGUCGGUUGGCUUGAGAGACGGAGUGAGGCGGAACAUUGUGGCACGAUUGAACACAUCGAAGGCAAAGUGGGCUGCAAGCAACUCGUGA